CUCCGGCGGUCAAGUACACGGUCAAUCCAACACAGUGCGUGGUGCCGAGUGGAUGUGUCGAUCGAAGUGAGGGUUUGCGUGGUGUAUUAGAAACAGAGGCUAUCGCGACGAGACGUAACAAAAUAUGGCGCUCCGGGAGGGAAGAGAAACCCGCGCCAGGAGCUUCCAGUACUCCAACGAAAAACCAUCCCAUCUGUCCACCUUCAGCAGUAGCUUCGACGAAUUUGGCCCACCGUAUGCGGAUUUACCGAUGGAGAUUUUGGUCAAGAUAUUCACCUACCUUACACCGUCGGAUAGACGCGAAGCCAGCCAAACGUGUCGCCGUUGGUGUGAGGCAUCGCAUCACAAUGCAUUCCUCGAAAACUUCUGGCUCGUACUGCACCGCCAACCGUUCGAUGUGAAUGUACCGCCCGUUCGCGAUUUUCUCUGCAGCUUCCGCCGCUUCCCAAACAUCCAGCUCUCCGAGGUGGAUUUUGAGCGGAUCGGCAACUUUUUCACCCAGUUCGGACCACACAUCCAGCGUAUCGUGUUCGACGCGUGUGAAAUACAGGAACGCGACAUGAUCGCUAUACUGCGCUGUUUGCCAGCCCUGCGUUCACUGUCGAUCAGAUCGUGCCGCGAUCUGUUCAUGUGUGUGCGACUGUUUGAUGAUGCCGCCGAGCGGGAAAAACUUCGCCAAACGCUGGCCAGUGUGAGUGAACUAUCGCUGACCCACAGUCAGUACCUUUCGGAUGGAAUACUGCACCGGAUAACGGAUAUUAUGCCGUCGCUGAGUGUGCUCAACCUGGCCGGUUGUCACAUAUCCUUCCACCAGGGGCUCUAUCGGAAGUUCUAUCCGGGUGAUGGCAAACAACCGUCGGAAAGUGUGCUCACCUUUCACUACAUCUCGCGGUUGAUCGAGGAACGGAAGGAGUCACUGCGGGCCCUUGAUUUUAGCGAAACGCUCGUGGAUGAUAAUGCGCUAGAGGUGCUGGCGUCCAUGAGCCCGGCACUGCGGCUGGAACGGCUCGAGCUGAAUCGUUGCGAGCAGCUAUCGAACCGCGGACUCGGCACGCUCAUUACCGCCCACGCGAACCAUUUGCAGCACUUGAACCUCUCGAAAACGUACCGGCUGACCGAUGCCUGUCUGCUGCAGAUUUGCCGCGAACUGUCCGGAUUGCGGGUGCUGAAGAUGCGUGAAUGUCGUGCGCUCAGCAAUCAGGGUGUGCGUGAGUUGGUGCAAUUGACCGCGCUGCAGGUACUGGACAUAUCGUACUGCAAGGAAGUUAACGGAGCGGGUAUACUGGAGGGCAUUGCAUCACGCCCGAACCACACGCUGAAGGAGUUGCGCAUCCGUGCGCUAAACCUUUGCGAACAGUCCAUUAUUGCGGUGGCGGAGAAUUUGUCGGCACUGCGCGUACUCGAUCUGGGCUACUGCUUCCAUGCCGUGUCGGACCUUUGUGUGCAGUUUGUUAUCCGCAAUUUGAUUCAACUGAGGGAGCUUGAUUUGGAAAACUGCGGAAAGCUGUCCGAUGAAGGAUUGACGGGGUUGGGAAUGCUUCCGAAGAUGGAACGUCACAUACAAGGCAAUCAAUUAGGUGGUGCUGGGGCUGAAAAUGCCGAACCAAAUCAGGUGUCUGAAGAAGCACACGAUCCUCCGGAACCGGAACCGGUGGUACCGCAAGUAGCAGCACCCCACAUGCGUAUAUCGUUGCGUAGCCGUGCGGAGCAGGAAAUUGUGGAGGAUGCCGAACGGAAGAAGCAAUUGCUCGAGGCGAUGCAGCGCAAGGACAAUCUGCAAUCGGCACGCAAUGAUGUGCGAUCGUCCUUUAGCGGGUAUUACGUUGGGCGACUGCAGCAGCUGUGCGUGCUCAAUCUAACCGGAUGCAAUGGACUCACGGACGUGACGCUGAUGUGCAACUUUCGUAUGGUGGAUCUCCGCAAGCUGUCCCUUGCCCGGUGUCAGCAGAUUUCGUUCGAAGGCAUACGGGCCAUGGUGCAGGGAUGUCCGUCGAUCGAGCAACUCGAUCUGAGCGAGUGUCACAACAUUAAUGAUCGAGCGGUCGAGCAGGUGGUCACUCAUCUGCGUCGUUUGCGUACGCUAAGCCUUCGACGCUGCUAUCAACUGACCGAUUUUAGUCUCGAUCACAUCGCAUGUCACGGGCUACAGCUGCGUGAACUCGACGUGCGCGGUUGCAAGCAUAUGUGGGCGGAUCCGGCCAUGCGAUUGGUAAACUUGCCGCUGCUGGCCACGAUCCUUGCCGGCAAACAGGACGACACAGGGAAUGGUGUUGAUGGUAGCGCGUUUGGUAAUGCGUUUACAAUUAUGCCCGCGCCACCUCCACUACCGCAACCGCAGCGUCUUUCGAUGCGUUUUUAACAGGAGAUGGCUUUGGUUGUGCCUACUGCUACUGUUCGAUGCAGGAUGCUUACUGUUGAUGGCAACGGUGCUCGCUGGCUAGUUGCUAUGGUAAUUGUACUGCUUGCUUGCUGUACGUACUGUUUCCGAUCGCCACCACGCGUCACAGAAAUUAGCAACUGAAAUAGAGAAUGAACGAGAUAAGAUUUUGAUGUUAAGCUGAUUGACCAGACGAACCGGUGCCAUUCGUUUUACCUUAUCUUUUUUACGCGAAGCGAAGACCAGUCUAGACUCGCAAGACUCACUGCGAAAGUGUGUAACCACAACUAGUAUUUCCUUAAAAAGGGAAAACAAUAUUCGAUAGCAAAUGUAUUCAAACAAAGUUUACACCCGCGUAUAUCGCGAGGUUUUUUUUAUGAAUAAAUUAUCACUACACUUAAACUCUAUCGUGAUAUUAUCGUUAAACC